GUGAGAGUUGGAAAGAGGGACGGGCCUGGCAGCAAUAUGCAUGUGGAUGUGCUGAGCGGAACAUAACAUUUUUUCCUCCUCUGGAAGAGUGAGAGACUUGCAAGGAUUUGAACGGCUGUCUCAUCUUGUUUGUUCAUCAUUUUUCAUCUAAAUCGCUUGGCAGGCCACAGGACGAUGCUUCCAGCCAGAUAAGAUGUUUUGACAACUUAAAGUGAAUUUCGAGCAGAUGGAAUCCUCUCAUUUCUGCGAGUCAGAUCAUGAGCCGGAAGCUCUAUGAAUGGACGCUUUUGUUAUAAGCUUGCAUUCUCUUCAGGCUGCCUUUGGAGCUCAUGGAUUCAGUAAUGCACUAUUGAAGAAUUUGCUCCAAUAGGAUUAUGAGGCGCACACGUGCCUGAGAGCAUCAGGUGUCAGAUAAUUUGGACAUCGGCUCAGCGGACAUGGAACGCAGGGGCGGGAGUCAAGUGGCGUCUGGACGGGAGUCACACCAAGUCCUGCAGGGUACUCCCCUAGAUCUGAUUGAGACUGGCAAGUCCCUGAAAGUCCAAGCGGAGCGCCCCCACCUGGUUAGUUUGGGAAGUGGACGCUUGAGCACAGCAAUCACGUUGCUGCCAUUGCAGGAAGGGAGAACCACACUGGGAAGUGGAGGCACAGACAUCUCUCUACUGGGUCCUGGCAUUAAAGUUCAACAUUGCUACAUCGAAAACGUGGCUGGCACCAUUACCUUGUAUCCAUGUGGGAACCAAUGCGCCAUAGAUGGACUCCCCAUCAACAAACCUUAUCGUCUGUCGCAAGGCUGCAUGCUGUGUUUCGGUCAGUCAACAUUUUUCCGCUUCAACCAUCCAGAAGAGGCCCUGAGGAUGAAAAACAUGCUGCCUGGAGGAAGCCAUGCACUCAGCACAUCAAAAACCCAGCACUCUGACUCCAGUAGCAUCCUAAAUGGGACACAUCAGUCUAUUUCCAGAAAUGAGAGCUCAAAAAUCAACAACUUAGCAAAGGACAUCCAUGGAAGCCUCUCGCAGAAGGUGCCAUCAUCCCCCAAAACAGCUAGAGCGUCACCGCAUCCGCCCUCUGACAACGUGCUCAAUGGUAGAAGCAGGACCAGCAGAGAAGAGAGCAAUAGCUCUGUGGGAAAUGUGCCACUUGUGCUUCCCCGGUCCAACAUCCCUGUGCCCCAUCCACGGACAUCCCUCUCUAUGACCUCAAGUUGUACUAGCGACGGGCAGCGAGCACAAGACAGCCCAAAGCUUCUUAGGAAUCCAAGAUCAGAGAUGAUAUCAAGCAACACAUUGCCCGCCGGGGGGUCCGUACAGGCCUUAAGUCACAACUCUUCACCGGCGGCUCCAUCCAGCCCUCGAGUGAGAGGUUCCUCCCUCCAGAGGAGACACCCAAGUCCCAGGCGAGACGCGCUCCCACAUGCUGACGUCCCUCAGAGCCUCAGGACGCCCGAGCCGACAGGAUCCACCAGUCUUCCUCCUCUGAGUCCUUACAUGUCCCGCAGAGGGACUCCAGGAUCCCAGAGUUUGACCACCAAAUUAGUCCAGCAGAGCCCGAAGACCCAUCGGAAACCCGCAGUCCCUUCUACAGCUGACGCUAUGAGGGUGUUGUACGCCCAGAAUCCAUCCUCUGUGACCGCACUGGAGACUGGAGGCAGACCUCAGACUACCAGCCUCAUCUCAACACCUCUUUCUGGUUCAUCUCCUGCCACUAGCCCUCAGAGCCAACGAAAGAUCUUCUGUGAGAACACUAUUGCAUCCUCCAGCAAGGACUCCAAUUUUAUGAAACCGUAUCCCCGAGGACGCAAGAACAGCAUAUCUGCCAUCAGCGACAAUGAGGAUGAACUGCUGGAAUACCACCGCUGGCAGCGAGAGGAGAGGUUACGUGAGCAGGAGAUGGAGAAGCUGGAGCAGCAGAGGCUGGAGACCAUCCUGAAUCUGUGCGCAGGCUGUAUCCAUGAGGACAGCGGGGUGGAGCCGGCGGAGGUGGUGAGGAGCGGACUGCUAAGGGGAGGGAGAGGCGCAGGUGGAGAUAUGCAAAGAGGGAAGGAGAACGACGAAGAGGCCCAAGCAGAGGAGUCCAGCAGCACGGAGAGCACACACCAAGAGUGUGAGGAUGUGUGGGUGGGCCAGGAGCAGAUCUACCUGGAAGAGGAGAGGAGCAAGAUGUUGGCCAGGGUGGAUGACCUGAGGCACAGAGUCAGCGAGCUGGAGCAGCAGCUUAAGGAAACAAAACAAGAGGUGGAGAUGGAGCAGGCUCUGCUUCAGGCCGAGAGGCAGACAGAGCAGGAGCAGGCGGAGGCCGAGCGGGAGCUCAUUGCUCAGCUCCAGCUCAAACUCAGCCAGUUGAACAAGUCCACCCAGAGGGAAAAGGAGAAGGGGAGGGCUAAUGUCUCGGCUGAGCGGAAGGUCCUGGAAAAGCAGAGGAAUGAGUACAAUGAGCUGAAGAGGCAGUUUGAUAAGUGCCCCUUGUCUCUAAGGGAACAGUUACAGGAGCAGCUCAGCAGGAAAGCUGAUGCGCUGGAAGCUGGAACAAAGCAAUUUGAGGAACUGGAGUUCUGCCAACUGGAGGAAGAGAGCAGUCUAGAGGAGAGAAAGGAAACCCAGUACUCACAGUUUCUUCAGGAGCAAACCGAGUACCACUGCAGCGUGGCCAGGCGGAAGGAGAAAAUGGCGACUCUGGACGCUCAAGUGAAGCAACUGGGCCUACAAGCUACUCACGAGUGCGACAGGAUGGCGAAAGAAAGGGCAGCCGCUUUACAGCUAUUACACAAGGAGCGGGAGAGGUUAUGCGCCCUGGAGAACAGAUACCACACCAUGACUGGUGGCAGAAACUUCCCAAAGUGCAACAGCAAAAUGAAAGAGGAUUGUCUCCAUAUCAACGAACCUGACCUUGUUUAUGAGGACGACCCCUCUCAUAGCCCCUGUACCUCCUCUACCUUAAACAUCCCUUCCCCUGAAAUCUACCCUGUUAGACUACAGGAGGAGUACCUCAGGAUGUCUGAUGUCUAUAAGAUGUAUGGAAAUGCUUGCGUGCACCCUCCCUCUUCUUCCCCUGCUGCUCUUGACUGCCUCCCGCUUGCUGUCGCUGAGGCCGUGCAUUGUGAGGACUACAUCACGGUCGGCCAGUUAAGCCACAUUAUUGGAGUGCAGAGACUUGCUCCCGCCUCUUCCUCAUCUAUUGCAUUAUUUCAACUUACCUCCUCUGACUCCAACUUCACGUGCCACCCUAGUGGCCCUUCCUCCCUUCUCUCUGCAAAGAGCCAGCCUGACCUGAGCAGGAAUGCAAUGCCUCCUAUUAACCUCGAACGCUGGUAUCAGGACAUCAUGGCUGCGGGAGAGCCUCGGUCCUGCCCGCCGCCGCUGCCUGUGAAAUCUUUUUCUGCACGUAGACAUGGGCAGCUGCUGAAGUCCAAAUCAGACGGUGAAGUUGGUCACACGGCAUCGUGUCCUCCUGAAAGCAGUGUGACAACUGAGCUUCACUCCACACUUACGCGUGAUAAAACCUCAAAGGGGUUACAGUUAAUGCUGAGAGAGGUGCCAAACCUAUUGGACCUGGACUCCAGGAAGCUGGGCAAAGAUCCAUCUCCCACACUACAUCAUUCCAUCCUGCAUCAUCAGUGUCCUCCUGGCAUCAACCAGGCCUACGACACUCUGAGCUUGGAGAGCUCAGACAGCCUGGAGACCAGCAUCUCCACGAGCAACUCAGCAUGCACCCCAGAAAGCGCUUCUGGGUUGGAGACUCAGAGGUUAGAGGAGAUGGAGAAGAUGCUGAAGGAGGCGCAGCAGGAGAAAGCCAGGAUCAUUGAGCACAGAGAGAGGGAGGCGCAGACUAGGCGGCACCUGCUGGAGGAGGAGCGGAAGAGGCGCGAGGAGGCCGAAAGGAGGCUCCUGGAUGAGACGGCCCACAGGAGGAGGCUGGUAGAGGAGGAGGUGAAGAUGAGGGAGAAACACUAUUCCCAGGCCCGUCCGAUGACGCGCUACCUGCCCAACCUGAAGGAGGAGUUUGACUUGCGGGCCCACGUGGAGUCGUCGGGCCACAGCAUCGACACGUGCCCCUUCGUCAUCCUCACCGAGAAGAUGUGCAAGGGGCAUCUGGUCAAGAUGGGCGGCAAAAUCAAAUCAUGGAAGAAACGCUGGUUCGUUUUCGACCGCCUUAAGAGGAACUUCUGCUAUUACGUGGACAAACAUGAGACCAAGCUGAAAGGACUCAUUUACUUCCAGGCCAUUGAAGAGGUUUACUACGAUCACCUGCGUAUUGCUACCAAGAGCCCCAACCCGUCUCUGACCUUCUGUGUGAAGACUCACGACCGCCUUUACUACAUGGUGGCGCCUUCCCCGGAGGCCAUGCGCAUCUGGAUGGAUGUCAUAGUAACAGGCGCCGAGGGCUACACGCAAUUCAUGAGCUGAGGAGACCUUGUGGAAGGAUGACAGAGGGCGCCGAGCCUGAAAGCAAGAUGGAAGGUGAAAUGGAUGUCACGGAGGACGCCGGCUAUGUGAAGACCUGAUGAACCGCUGAGGGCUUUGAGUCCCGACUGAAGUGCUCCAAAAGAAUUCAGGAGGGGGUUUCAGCAUCCACGAGGGAGGGCUUUCACUCCAUCCAUCACAUUUUGGAUAAUUACAACAUUGUUUUAUACACAAAAAAAGGAAAAAAAAAAACACUUCAACAACGCCAAUCUUUUGAUUGCAGUGUUUUCUUUUUUAAAUAAAUCUUUUCUAUACCCACUUGUGUUACGUUUAACCAAUUUUUAACACUACCAAGUAAAAGAAAGUCAGUAAAUAUUUUUUUUGUCAUGUUGCUUAUUCAUUUUGAAACUUCCUGCCAAAUGUGUUGCUUGCUUAAUCGUUUUAUCCCAGCUAUAUGACAUCGCCCAGAAAAUAAAUUAUCACACGUCUGCAUUCUACACAAAUAUGUGAAAAAAAUUAUCCAGAUUACAUUUUAAAGUCUUAUAAUUGUAAAUCCACAUAUUUCAAAAAAAUAAAUAAAAAUG